UGUUGUUUAACCACAAGGCACAGAAAACACUUGACUGUUACUGGAUUAGUAGUGAACGUACUGAAGCCCCGUCGCAGUACGUCACGCAAAUACUUCAUUGAAUGAAGUAAAACAACAUUCAUGAAGUUUUCGUAUCCGUAUCCCGUCUCGCUGAAAGUUGAGGCUUCACGGGCUAGCUUAGUUUAGCUAGGAUUGGUAGGCUAACAAACAGACGCGUUUUGUCAUCGACGUCGUCGCAAAGCAGGAAAAAAAAGCGGUAAACUGUUGUGCGUAUCGUGUGAAAACGUGCGCAGGAAUGACAAAAGAGAAGAACGGAAGACAAGGUCGACUACUCGACGCAGUUUUCAAGCAGACUCCAGUUGCGGUGCACAACAGAGCAGACGUCAGUGAAGAAUCUCGUCGUGCUGAGCAGCAGGAGCCAGAGUCUCCUCGGGUUAAGGGGGAAAAAGAGCCCUCCGACAUUAAAGAGGAAGACGAGCCAGAGACCACCGACAUUAAGAAGGAAGAGGAGCCUGUGACCACUCAAAUUAAAGAGGAAGAGGAGCCAGGGCCCUCCCACAUUAAAGACGAAGAGCACGAGGCUGAUAUCACCAACUUUCCAUUGACUGUCAUUGUCAAGAGCGAAGAUGAAGAAGAAGAAGAAGAAGAAGAAGGUGAUGGAGACCACUGUGGAGGAUCACAAGCAGACAGCCUCUCUCAACUAUCAGAUGGUGACGACAUAACGUCACACUCACCUGACACGGAUAAUCAUGAUGAUGAACACUCUAAAGAUGAUAUGACAUGUCACACUGAGUGCUGGAAAUGCUCUGAGUGUGGCAAAACCUAUAUUUCAAAGUAUACUUUGAAAGUACACAUGAGACUACACACUGGGGAGAAACAGUUUGCCUGCUCAGUUUGUGGUAAACGCUUCAAUAUGAAGACCGAUCUAAUAAGGCACACAAGAACACACACUGGAGAGAAACCUUUUGUCUGCUUAGUUUGCGGUCGGAGAUUCUCUUUCAACGUAAGUUUAAUAAGGCACACAAGGACUACACACUGGGGAAAAACCGUUUGCUUGCUCAGUUUGCGGUAAACGAUUCUCUGUAAGUGGACAUUUAAAAGAACAUGCAAGA